UUUUAUAAUGGCCAGCUAACUAGAUAUUGGAGUUUACUUACUAGUAGCUCCAUUUGGAAUCCAUUUUCUACCUAUGCUUCGAUCUCCGUUGGACCAUAGUUUCCUCAGAAUGACAGCGAGUCUUCAGUUUCCCUGCCACGAACAUCCCCUCAUCCCGCGAGAGCUGAGCGUAAACUGCACAGUCCAUUGUAACCGCUGUGCGCAUCCAAUUCUUGGUUCGACGCGCUGCUGUCUAGAAUGUGAACUCUUCUUCCACGAAUGGUGCACCGAAUGGCCUCUCCAAAUUCAGCAUCCCUCCCAUCCACAGCACUCGCUUACCCUCAUCACCGAUAACUGUUUCAGCUCAAACUACUGCUGUCAUGAGUGCUGCUUUUCUGCCAGUGCAGAAGAUUUGGUUUCAACUCUGCCUCCUCUUGAUGAGCAGGCAGAGGAGAGGGAGACGAUCAAUCAUUUCGCUCAUGAGCAUCCCCUGACCUCCUUCAGUGUGACCACACCAAACAACAUAAGAUGCGGAGCGUGCAAGAAGGAAAUCUCUGGCCGAGUGUAUGGGUGCCGUUCAUGCAUGCUAUUGCUCCACGAAUCAUGCGCUCAAUUACCUCAAGAGAUAUUGCAACACCCUUUCCACAGCAAACACCAUCUCACCCUCCUCGCCGAUUCCCAGAAACAGUUCAAAUGCAACGCGUGCGGUCUACCGCAUGAGUUUGCAUACCACUGUGAUGAGUGCAGGUUCAAUCUUGACGUGCUAUGUGCGGUUUCAACUCUGUCUCUCCAAGAUCAGCACAAUGAAGAUUCGGUGAUGAUCGACCAUUUCUCCCAUCCUCACCAAUUGAAAUCCUUCAGCAUCGAAGAGGAUAGCAAUCACAUCACCUGCAAAGCUUGUGAGCUGAAUCUAUCAGGUGAAAUUUACGGUUGCCUCAAUUGCAUUUUCUUCCUCCACAAGUCCUGCACUGAGCUGCACCAAGAUUUGGUUCACGCCCUUCAUCCCAACCACUUCCUCAUUCUCCGAGAGAAGUUCGGUCAGAGUGAUGGGAAAUUCCGUUGCAGUUGCUGCUCAGAAACCUCCACUGGUUUCGUGUACAACUGCGAAAUGUGCGACUUCAACCUUGACAUAGAAUGUGCUCUCGAAACUCUUUCUAUUCUCGAAGCAGGGGCAAUGGAGGAACUUCAACAUUUCGCCCAUGAUCACCUUCUUUCACUCUGUUACCGUAAGGACUACAAUGGGCCUAACUGCAAUGCUUGUAAGCAGCCUGUCCACGGUUUAUGUUAUUGCUGCCUCUCCUGCGAGUCCUUUGUGCUUCACCAAUCAUAUUGUCACACGGCAACGGAACUCAAACACCCAUUUCAUCCCCAACAUCCCCUAACUCCUCUUCCUAGGCCUCUGGAAAAACGAUACUUCUAUUGUAGCGCCUGUAACCGAAAAUCUAUGGGCUUCACCUUCUAUUGUGCAGAAUGUGACUUCUACUUGGAUAUCAGAUGUGCCAACGCUAAACCGACUCUCAGACAUCAGCUCCACGAACAUGACUUAGCUUACUUUGAGAGGGCUACGAGCCUUCACUGCAAUGCUUGCGGCAACAGCUGUAACACUGACUUGUAUCGCUGUGCGCCAUGCAACUUUAACCUUCAUUAUGAUUGCCUUCCUCUACCGCCUAUUAUUCAACAUGAUUUUUAUCAUCCUUAUCAUCCAUUAACUCUCUGUGAAAAGUAUGUCGAUGAGAGGCUCGACGAGCAAUACUGUGAUGCAUGUGAGGAAACCAGGAAUCCAGACCAUGGCGUUUACUUUUGUGAACCAUGCUGCUUUGCUGCUCACAUUGCGUGUGUUAUCCCCGUGGCUGAACCAGAGGGAAGGAAAGCAAUUGAGAACACUAAACUGAACAUACUGGAUAAGGAGAUUGCCAGUCUAAAGGCAGAGAUCGAGAGAAGGGCGAUAAAAUUGGAGAGACUUCUAAGAGAGAGCGCUGACAAGGAUUCUCGGUUCAAAGAUCAGUUCGAGGAGGGAAGCGUGCAUGAGACUUCGAAAACAGAGAUAGAAACAGAGGAGACGAAACUAACCGAGCUGAAGAAACUGGACGAGGAGAUUGCUAGUCUAGAUGCGCCCAUAAAGCAACUGAAGGAAAACAUAGAGGCGAUGAAGCAGAACCUAGAGGCCCUGGAGAACAAACAGUUGGGACUUAUGAGAAAGAGAGGCAGCAUGACUUCCUGAGAGCACAGGAAAGGCCAUGAAGGCGAACACUGACAGCUUCAAAGUCAGCUGCAUCUCACACUGGGAUUGUCGCGCAUUUUCGUUACCAGAAAUUUCUUUGUCGACUAAAUGGACAUGCUGGAUAAACCAUGAAUGUCAAUAGUACAGUGCUCAAAGUCGAAGGUUCUCAUAGCUUUUCUUCAAAAGACCUAACCAGCUUCUUCAAGGGACCUAUCACAUGCAUAAUAAUAGUUAAUGCUGUCUUCUUUU